AUGGGAAAUACAUCAUCUCAGCCUGAACCAUUCCCCGAAGUACCCGAGGAUUUUGGAGACAUCGUUCCCGAAACUCCGAAGUCUUCGCAAGCUAAUGGGACGAAGAAAAAUAAAAAUAAACAUGUCUCCACAACAUCUAAGGCUUUAUCGCCAGCAAUUGCGGAAGCCGAUGGUACAAAGCAACCAUCAGAGUUAGACUCCAACAUGUCGAAUCCUUCGAAGCGAAAGCGCGAAUCUGAACCUGAGCACAAGCAAAAAGCCAAGAAGCAUCGCAAAUCAGAAAAGCUUGUUGCCAAACAAGCUUCACCAGAAAGCAACCCACCACCCUCUGAAAUUACUGCUCAAGUUCCCCCAACUCCCAGCCAACCCACUCCAUCUAAGCCCAAGGCGAAGAAGGCUCGCAAGCAGAAUGGCGAAGACUUGAAGACCCCGACUUCGUCUACUUCUCAGCCUACUCCCAACUUAAAGGUUGCAGAAGAACCGCCUGCUGCAAAGCAGCUGACUAUCACCAAGCAAACUCCAGUGUCUGAAUCACCCAACCCCGAGGGUAGCACAGAAGGCACAGCCAACCGAGUCAGAGGCUCACGCACUAGGGAGAAAGACAACUUAAAAAUUGGCUUCUACACGCCGGAGGAAGUGGGAAAAAUAGAAGCAUACAAACUCAACUUUUGCACUAUGCAUGGCAUUUCUAGCAUUAAAUUCGACGAGAUGAUCCAGCAUUCCGAGCGUGGCGGAAACGGCGAAUUUCCACUCACGGACGUGAUCUCAAAAAGCGACUUCUGGAACGAGAUCUACGCUCUUGUUCCAGACCGUGACCGACGAUCUGUAUACCGAUUCAUGCGCCGACACUUCCAAGCUUCGUCUCAAAAAGCGCACGAUUGGUCGAAGGAGCAAGACGAUGAGCUUAUCGAGCUCCAUGCCAAGCACGGUCCAAAAUGGACUUAUAUUGGUAAGCUCAUUGGGCGCAGUGAUGACGAUGUCACUCAGCGCUGGAAGAACAAGCUUGAGCACCAGGGCACCAUGAAUCGAGGCGCGUGGGGGGAGGAAGAAACCAGGAUUUUCCUGAACGCCAUGGAAUCAACGUGGCUCACCAUGAGGCCUGUGCUUGGCGAUAAGGCAGGCAAGGACAUGUACGAGCUGGAUGAGCGCCUCGUUGUAUGGGGUAAUGUCAGCAAGGCGAUGGGCCAUUUGCGGUCUAGACAACAAUGUGCAGACAAGUGGCGCAAGGUCGUGAGGCAGGUCAUGCUCUUGCGGGCUAAUGGCCAGCCAGGCGCGGUAUUCGAUCCCAAAAUCGCUGCUAAGAAAAAUUCCCACUGGAACCUGAGACUGGAGGCUCGAAGGAAGAGCUCUCAAUUCGUGGAUGAUGAUUCUGAUGAUGACGAAGCCACGAAGACUACUACCUCAAACCUAAAUCCCAAGGCCGAGACAGCGCAAUCACCCAUUGCGAAUGACAAUGUUGAGUCUGGCCACGGAGCACAAUCCGAGGAGGGUGAGCCCGACUUGCCCGAGCCUCCCAAAAAGGCUAAGAAGUCAAAAUCCAAGAGCAAGCACACCGAAGACGCCACCUCUGAUCCUAUCAACGAAGUUCUGUCGUCUCCUGCUGCUCCUAAAAAGAGCAAGGAGGACAGGAAGCGCGAGAAAAAGGAGCGGCGAGAGAAAGAGAGACAAGAGAAAGAGAAGCAAGAGAAGAUUGAGGAAGAAGUUCAGGAGGACAAGGCUGCACGCAAGGAGCGCAAGCAGAAGAGGAAGGAAGAGAAGAAGCGAAAGAGACAAGAGGAAGAGGAGCGUCUUCUUGCCGAAAAGGCUAAUGAGGCAGCUAACAGCGAUGCUGAAGCCCCCGAGCCUCCUAAAAAGAAGAAAAAGUCAAAAAAGCAGAAAGAAGCCUCCAUUAACAGCCCUCGCUCUGUUAUCGAAGAAUCUCCAUUGCCCGAAUCACUUGCUGCUCACAGACCUGUCGCUGAAAACGAUGCUGUCGUUGAUAGAUCUGACUCUGAGGACAGCAGCGAAGUCAACGUCAAGUACGAGACCGACUCGGAUUAG